UCUACCAAUAUAAAUAAAAUCAAAGAAUCGUGAUUCGUAACAUUCUUUAAUUCUUUCUGCGCAUGAGCAAUUAGAGGGCACUUGUGUCGACUGUCAGACGUUUUGUCCACAAAAUGCAUCAACUACGACAUAACCUAUAAAUCUGUACAAAUAAGGGCUUCCUUGUUCAUUUCUAUUAUAGUUUUUCUGAAUUUUUCGGAAAAUAAAGAGGGCUAAACAGUGUAUUCAAAGUUUGAGCGAAAAAGAAGUAAAAUCUUCACAUAUUGAUUUAUUGGCGGAUCUUAAAAACUUCAAGAGCACACAUUCUCCAAAAUGCCGAAAUACUACUGCGAUUAUUGCGACACUUAUCUCACGCAUGAUUCACCGAGCGUGAGAAAAACUCACUGCCAAGGAAGAAAGCAUAAAGAUAAUGUGAAGUACUUUUACCAAAAGUGGAUGGAGGACCAGGCACAGCAAUUGAUUGAUGCGACCACAGCGGCGUUCAAAGCCGGCAAAAUUCAUACAAAUCCGUUUUCGGGUAGCAAUGGUGCGGCUAUUCCACCGCCGGUGAAUUACGGACCACGACCACCUGGAGGACCUCCGGGUCCUAUGAUGCCUCCGAUGAUGAUGGGACCUCACGGACCAAUGCCUCCGAUGAUGGGAAUGCCUCCUCCAAUGAUGGGGCCUAUGGGACCCAUGGGUCCUAUGAUGGGCCCAAUGGGAACCAUGAGACCGCCUCCAAUGAAAACAUAAGCUUUUAUACAAUUAUCGUAAUAAAACUCAAACUUGAAUUUAAAAACUUUUAUUCUAUUUCCUUAUAAAUUGGUACACGUAUAAAUUAAUUACUACAAUUAAAAAUUAUCUAGAAUUCAUUUAAAAAUAUACAAUUAUUGUAAUUGUACGGAAGUAGAGUUGUGUUAUAAAAAAUUGUGUCAUGUUAACAAGGCGGUAGACCAGGUAGUGUGUUCUUUGUUUAGAUUCAUAAUUUUGGUAAAGAAAGCAUUUAUUGAAAUGUUUAUUUCAUCAAUUCUCUGGAUAAAUGCAUAAAAAUAUGUCUUCAAUGGAAAACUCGCUACCUGGCCCGCCCCUUGUAAGAGAUUCUUAAUUACAUUUCUAUUAAAUUUAGCUGUUUUAUAAAACCUAUUCACUUCACAAU